AUGAGCUCGCAAGGAGUCACCCGCAAGAGACCUGCGCCGGGAACAGUGCCACCUCCUCAGAUGAACCCGGUACCGAAUUUUGCGCCCGCCGGGGACCCUGCCUCUCAGCUUUCGAACGAUCAAUUCCUACAAUGGGGCCAGAAUCCCCCCGCUAAUGCCGUCAACGCCUCCGCCUUCUCCGAUGCCUCGUACAAAUCCGCCGGUUUUGCGCCAGACGUGUCCGCGCCGGCUGCGACACCAUCUAAUCAACUGGCCCGCCGACAAGCGAACCAGGUAGUCAGCCGAAACCGUGGCUACGAACAUCCUCCCGCUUCAUAUGUGGAAAAUGGGGGAAACAAUGGUAGUGGUGAAGGCGGCGCAUGGAGCGAAUCUCUAGAGGAGCUCUACAGCAGGGCCUUGACCGCGAAGAGAGAUGCACAGGCCAAGCGAAAGCAAAUCCCGCCAUUUGUACAGAAAUUAAGCAGUUUCUUGGAUGAAUCCAAAAACACAGAAUUGAUUCGAUGGUCUGACGAUGGGAAUUCCUUUGUUGUUCUGGACGAGGAUGAAUUUGCGAGAACUUUGAUUCCGGAGCUUUUCAAGCACAAUAACUACGCCUCAUUUGUCCGACAGCUGAAUAUGUACGGCUUUCACAAAAAGGUCGGGCUAUCCGACAAUUCCAUGCGCGCCAGUGAACGGAAAAAUAAGAGCCCCAGUGAAUACGCCAACCCUUAUUUCAAGCGAGGCCAUCCGGACUUGCUCUGGCUCAUCCAGAAGCCAAAGAAUGCUGGAAGUGGCCAUGCGAGCAAACCCAGCAAGGGAAGCACGCGUGUGAAGACAGAGGAUGUUGAUGAUAAUGACCUGGAUGAUUAUGCCGAAGAAGGUGCAGCGACUGCUCGGGACACCCGUGCCGCCCGGCCACAGCAGCUAUCAUUACUCACGGAUAGCUCUGUGCCGAAGGAUAAACUCUCUGGGGUAUAUCGCGAACUCCAGGCUAUUCGUCAACAACAGUCCAUAAUCUCAACCACAAUCACCAGGCUGCGGAAAGAACACGAGCAGCUUUACGCGCAGGCGGCCAACUUCCAGGAGCAACACACUCGCCAUGAAAACUCCAUCAACGCCAUCCUUACGUUCCUUGCCACUGUAUACAACCGCAGCUUGCAGGGCGAGGGUGGACCACAAAAUCUGGCGAAUUCAUUUGCAGGUGCCAUCUCGCAGGACCAAGGAAACAUUGUGGAUGUUGAUGAUGACUACCUAACCAAUGCUCUGGGGCCAAUGACUAGCCCCAACACAAGGACGAUGAAAAGACAGCCACUACUUUUGAAAGCUCCGCCUGCAGCGGAUGGGUAUACCCGGGGCCCCACGGUUUCACCAUCAGCCAGUGGCUCCUAUGACGGACGGUCUCGCAGUACUCGACAACCUAGCGCCACCCAACCCGGCCACGUGGAAGAGGUUUUUGAUCACAGUCCGCGGACCAGUGUUUCAAGCCAUCGUCCUGGACAGCGGACAGACGAGGCUACUCCUCAGCGUGAUAUCAUGUCUGUAAUCCAGAACUCCAACGCACGCAAUGGGCUCUCGACCAACUUCACCGAGUUUCCCAAUGUGCUGUCUUCCCUCGAAAACCAUGGUGGGAAUGUUCCUCUUACAGCAAACCAACGCGCCGAUAUGCUUCGACUUAUGGCCCAUGAGACCAACUCAUCCGAACCCGAUGCUGGCGUCCCACCCAAUAAUGCGCUCAUCUCUCCGAGUCCACCUCCGAUGCCGCACAACUAUUCAGGCAGGUUAGCCAGCACCCGACAAGAAAUCGACAACUUAGUCAAAAUGCAAGCCGAACAGGAUCGUUCCGUGCAGAACUUGACCAGUCUUCUUCAGCCGCUGAGCCCGAAUGGUACCAUUCCGGGUCUCGACAGUGAAGGAAAUGUGCCCCCUCCUCCGCUUGAUCUCGACCAAAUCUUCAACAAUGACUAUUUUACCGACAUUGGAGAUGCGGGCUCUGAUGUGAAGAGACAUGUUGAGGAUCCCCUAAGCCAUCUAGGGGCAGACUCGAAUGUACAGAAUCCUGUGGGAGCCAUGCAAGGCGACGAUGGGAACAGCAAUGACUUAUUUGACUUUGACCACAUCCCUGCCGAGCCUGAUCUCUUUGAAGCCCCUCAGCAUGGUCAAGGUGAACCCACCUACAACUAUGGGUUUGACGGUGCCGGCUACGAUGAUCCCGGCCGUGUGAUUGAGCAAUUGACGGACAGUGAAGCCACUAGUCCCGCAACCACGGACAACCUCGGUGAAGCUGUGGAUGACGGUGGCAGUGCGACAAAACGACGUCGCAAGGCAUGA